AUGAGACCUCCCCCCAACAUCUUCCCUCCCCCCCAGAGCUGUCCCCACCCCCCUCCCUCCAUGCUCCCACCCUCCCGGAUUAGCAGAAGUAGAGUAGAGCUAUUCAGUCACCUCCUGGAUUACAGCCUUUAUAGCCUUCCUCUAGUCAGUCACCUCCUGGAUUACAGCCUUUAUAGCCUUCCUCUGUUCAGUCACCUCCUGGAUUACAGCCUUUAUAGACUUCCUCUAGUCAGUCACCUCCUGGAUUACAGCCUUUAUAGCCUUCCUCUGUUCAGUCACCUCCUGGAUUACAGCCUUUAUAGCCUUCCUCUAGUCAGUCACCUCCUGGAUUACAGCCUUUAUAGCCUUCCUCUAGUCAGUCACCUCCUGGAUUACAGCCUUUAUAGCCUUCCUCUAUUCAGUCACCUCCUGGAUUACAGCCUGUAUAGCCUUCCUCUAGUCAGUCACCUCCUGGAUUACAGCCUUUAUAGCCUUCCUCUAGUCAGUCACCUCCUGGAUUACAGCCUUUAUAGCCUUCCUCUAUUCAGUCACCUCCUGGAUUACAGCCUUUAUAGCCUUCCUCUAGUCAGUCACCUCCUGGAUUACAGCCUUUAUAGCCUUCCUCUAGUCAGUCACCUCCUGGAUUACAGCCUUUAUAGCCUUCCUCUAUUCAGGUACCUCCUGGAUUACAGCCUUUAUAGCCUUCCUCUAUUCAGGUACCUCCUGGAUUACAGCCUUUAUAGCCUUCCUCUAGUCAGUCACCUCCUGGAUUACAGCCUUUAUAGCCUUCCUCUAUUCAGUCACCUCCUGGAUUACAGCCUUUAUAGCCUUCCUCUAGUCAGUCACCUCCUGGAUUACAGCCUUUAUAGCCUUCCUCUAGUCAGUCACCUCCUGGAUUACAGCCUUUAUAGCCUUCCUCUAGUCAGUCACCUCCUGGAUUACAGCCUUUAUAGCCUUCCUCUAGUCAGUCACCUCCUGGAUUACAGCCUUUAUAGCCUUCCUCUAGUCAGUCACCUCCUGGAUUACAGCCUUUAUAGCCUUCCUCUGUUCAGUCACCUCCUGGAUUACAGCCUUUAUAGCCUUCCUCUAGUCAGUCACCUCCUGGAUUACAGCAUUUAUAGCCUUCCUCUAUUCAGUCACCUCCUGGAUUACAGCCUUUAUAGCCUUCCUCUAGUCAGUCACCUCCUGGAUUACAGCCUUUAUAGCCUUCCUCUAGUCAGUCACCUCCUGGAUUACAGCCUUUAUAGCCUUCCUCUAUUCAGUCACCUCCUGGAUUACAGCCUUUAUAGCCUUCCUCUAUUCAGUCACCUCCUGGAUUACAGCCUUUAUAGCCUUCCUCUAGUCAGUCACCUCCUAGAUUACAGCCUUUAUAGCCUUCCUCUAUUCAGGUACCUCCUGGAUUACAGCCUUUAUAGCCUUCCGCUAGUCAGUCACCUCCUGGAUUACAGCCUUUAUAGCCUUCCUCUAGUCAGUCACCUCCUGGAUUACAGCCUUUAUAGCCUUCCUCUAUUCAGGUACCUCCUGGAUUACAGCCUUUAUAGCCUUCCUCUAGUCAGUCACCUCCUGGAUUACAGCCUUUAUAGCCUUCCUCUUUUCAGGUACCUCCUGGAUUACAGCCUUUAUAGCCUUCCUCUAUUCAGUCACUUCAAGGUCUGACAGUGACAAUUAGGCGGCCAGUGAGAACAACAUACUCCCAAACAUACAUACAAUUGACGGAUGAGCAUCAACCCCACUACUAGAUGAAGAGAACUUCAUUGCUGCAUGGCCAAUGUACCAAACCAUAUGUCAGGCAUUGUGUUGUGAGCAGUAGCAUUGUGUUGUGAGCGAGGGUUAUUGACGUGAUGUCUAAGCAGCAUCAUCCUAUCAUGGACUCCCCUCUCCAUUCCCCCCUCUCCGCCCCCCGGCCCUCUCCUCUCUCCCC